AUGGUGGCAACGAUUCUCAUAACAGGAUGCUCUCGAGGGCUAGGCUUGGCUCUUGCUUCCGAAUUCUCGAAGGCCGGUUAUUUGGUCUUUGCAACUGCUCGAGGCAAUCCCACUCCUGCCCUUGAAGAAUUGAUAAAGUCAUCUCCAAGCACCGUCAAGGACGAUCUUGAAUCCGUACUUAAUUCAAAUGUCACAAGCGCUCAUAUCGUCACCAGCACAUUUCUUCCUCUGUUAAAGCAAGGAGCUCAGAAGAAAGUCAUCAACAUGAGCAGCAGUGGCGGUUCAAUCGAGCGGUCCCCUGUUUACAGUAACAUGGCACUUCCAGCCUACAAAGUUUCGAAGGCGGCCUUGAACAUGCUUACAGUUCCGUACGCACAGUCUUAUGCCGAUGAAGGGUUUACUUAUCUUCCAGUCAAUCCUAGUUGGCUUCGAACUGAUCUAGGAGGCGCCUCCGCAGAUCUCGAUGUAGAAACUGGCGCAAAGGCUGUUAUUGAGCUUAUCGAGUCAAAUGGAAAAGAGUCGAAUGGCGAGUUUUUGAAUAUUCGAGUGGCAGGCUGGAAAAGAAUGACGGUAUCCAUCAGUACGAUGGUGGUGCCUUGCCUUGGUAAGAUGAUAGUAGGGAUGGGCUAUAUUAUUAGUGGAGAAGUUGCACAUGUUGGAAAUGUCAUAUAUGCACAACCAAGAAUUCCAUAUUGUGAUACGAUUGAAAGAUAA